CUCAACGUUAAACCCCGACCUGAAGCCAAAACGCACAAAGCCUCUAAACCCCCGUUCUGGACUCUGAAAUUGCACUUCUGGGAAGCAGCAGAUUGCAAUCCGAUCUGCGUCGAAGGCCUAUUUUUCUCUCGACAAUGUUCGAUUGUUGGGCGAUGACGCGCGAAACUUUUCUCCGGAUCCCGAGAAACUUGUCUUCUUCACAGCCAUGGUUGCAGAAGGGGUGAUGGGUGUGGUGGGAACAUUUAACACCUUGGCUUCUUGAGUUCGAGGAAUUCGCUGUGAUUGAGCUGCUGUGAGUUCUUCAGUGCUAUCAGCAUCGGGAAUCGAGGAAUUUAGUAGGAUGAGAGCCUCAGUACAGAGCAGAGUGUUCCAGAUGAUGUCUCAGAUUUUAGGGUACCCCAGUCGUAUCGGACCAGGCAACGGAUGUGCCCCACAGAUGGGAAGAGCUUUCAGUGCUUCUUCGAGUUUAGGAGAAAGAAAGCAGGAUAUCUUCUCUAGCUUAGGAUUGGGAACUUAUGAUGGUGCAUCGGGUAUGAUGUUGAGGCAAGAAUGCGAGAAGUCCGAGAUUGCUGGAAGAUUUAUGGAUCGCCACUCACCUGCUGUACUGCUGUUGAAAAACCAGUGCGGAGUCGGACGAUCGAAGCGAAUGGAGAUAAGCACAAACAAUCAGCAGCAGGAGGAGUCACUGCCCACUGUUUAUGCUCAUAAUCGACUGAUAAGUGUCUUGAUGGAGGGAGGGUAUCAUGAGGAGGCGUACCACAUAUAUCAAGAUAUGCUGCUGGAAACUUGCAAGCCUGACUCCCAUACAUACGUUCGGUUAAUCAUGGGAUUUUGUAGGGCCGGGAGGAUCGAAGAAGCAUAUGGGAUUUUUCAGGAUAUGAAAAACCAGAACUGUGAAUCUAAAGGUAUUGUGUACAAUGCCAUGAUACAUGCGGUUGGGACAGCGGGUCUUGUAUCCGAAGCUUUAAAGCUGUUGGAUGAAAUGACAGAAGCAGAUUGCUCUCCGGACACAUGGACGUACAAUAGUGUCAUACAUAGCCUAGGCAAAGUAGGUGAUGUGAAUCACGCUCUACGUCUCCUGGAGACCAUGCACGUCAAUGGCUGCAAUCCGGACGUAAUUACCUACAACUCGCUGAUUUCCUCAUUAGGCAAGUGCGGACGAGUUGUGGAAGCAUGCAAGUUGUAUGAAGGGAUGGUUGAAAAAGGUUGUCUACCUGACGUUGUUACUUAUAACACCCUUAUUCCAGUACUUUGCAAGGCUGGUGAAUUUUCUGCCGCUCUUAAUUUGUUUAAGUUUAUGCAAUCUGUGGGAUGUCGGCCCGAUGUCUUUACAUACAGUUCUUUGGUAGUAGGUCUGUGCAGAGCAGACAGAGUAGACGAUGCCUUGCGUCUAUCAAGUCAGAUGACUCUCAGUGGAUGCUCUCCGAACACAGUUACAUUCAACUCUUGGUUGGAUGGACUUUGCAAGGAGGGCCGAGUAAGAGAGGCGCAGGUGCUUUACCAGAAAAUGUUGACACUAGGAUAUAUUCCUGAUGUUAUUACGUUCUCCAUACUCAUAGAUGCCUUUUGCAAGAGUGGUGAAUAUCUGGAAGAGGCCUUUAAGCUGCUGAAACUCAUCGUGAAAAAACCGGACACCGUGGAUGUCCGUACACGUGACAUUAUUCAUAAUAGUUUCAUGAGAGUGGGCAUGAUGAAACAAGCAAAGCGGAUCAUGAGGAACGCCCGGCACAAGCGGGUCAGGUUGCAAAAUCAAGCUGGAGAUGUAAAACACAUGUAGAAAUGUUUGGAUCGCAACUGCGGGGGUUCUGAGCUAUCUGUAGCCAGCAAGGUGUUUGCGGUCUACAUGAUCAGAUCAUGAAUAUAAAAAGUUAUCGAGAGGGUUCUGCAGUGGAUGAUUCUGGAAACAGCCGUGUUUAGCUCGAGCUUCGAGCGAAAUUGUAAAAAAUUUGAGUCUUGGAUGAAAGAUUAUCAGCCUGAUUUGAUCCUCACAACAUCAGCAGUGCCACAGACGAAGAGGUUGCAGAGGCUGUUUCCCUGUCAUCUUGCACAGUUACUUCGGCGUCAGCUUCACCUUAGAAGUUUGUGAAGAAAUAGGUGGCCGAUGAAACUCAGGCGGGGAAGGUUUCGUGCAUUAUGGCGUCACUGGUGAAGAUUGCAUAGACUACAGUUCUAUGCAAUCUUAUCAGACGAACACAAUAUCAUUUUCCGCCAUCAUGUCAGCGAUGGGGCAAACAGCAGCUCCGACUACUUUUACCGCCGGAGUAAUCAGAGCACGAUUUGUGGACUUCACGCAAAAGCUAGUGAGCUACUCGUCCGUCUCGCGGGAUUCCGGGCAACUCCUGCUGGUGACCUUUUUGGCGAACCUCCCUGUUCCUUGUUGGCUCCGCGUCGGGUUUUUGUGUGAAAGGCAAAAGGGCAGGCAAAAACAAUCCUCAAAGGUGAAAACUUUCAGCUACGAGGGCAAAACGCUAGGAGGAAGGAGGAUGGACAAAGAGUGUACGUUAGAUUAUCAAAGUGUGGGUGGGUAGUUAGAGUAUGGGACCACGUCGGGACCAUCGGUUCCGAGGACACAUCGGAAUACGGAGAUGCGACGAAAUUGUAAAUCUUAUCUUAAGAGAUGCAGGACGGGUCAUUUUUUGAGAAAAAAAAGAUGAUGUAUUUAGAGAAGCUUUUGCUUGGAUCUUGGUAGAGAGCAUCACGUGGAUGGGCAACGCCUACCUGCAAUAGGAAUAAGGACACUUGGAAGGUGAUCUGGUAGGUGGGCUCGAUUUUAUUCCAUAUACGAUUUUCUCUCGAUUUUCUCUCCAUAUUGCGUACUGCUCUGUAGAGGAGUUCUGCAGACCUAUGGCCAGCCAGCGAAUUCUCAACGCUGCGAUGAUGCCGAAUUAUACUGUAUUAUGAGACUCUUGAAAAUGCAGCGAGUAUUCGGACAGGGUGGACAAUACUGACGCCUGGACCUAUGCACACUACCUGUCCUCAAGUCCGAGCGGUGGUAGAAUACGGAGUGCCUAGAGCUUGGUGAUUCAUGGAAAAUGUCUCCAUUUACAACGUUUUGUUUCGCUUCCCGUCACUUUACAAAUGCGAGAGGAACUAAAGAGACCUGAUUAUUUCUCAGACUCUGCUACAAUUCUCGUGUUUUUCUCUUGCAAUAAUGUAAGUUUCCGAUCAUGAAUCAGAUGUUUCGAAUCACAUCAGAUUUUUUUAAUUGCCAA